CAUCUUGGUCAAACUCAUAUGAUUGUCAAAGUGACAGGGCACUCAUUUUUGGCAUUUCUGGAAAAAACCGUGUAUAUUUAAAUAAUUUCUCCAGAUAGCUUAUCUGAUAAGAAAGUGCUACGUCAGUGAUUUUGCCCAGAAACGUUAAUCAGCGACAGUAUCAACUAACCUCAAAGUGGUAAUUUGUUGCGUCUUUUUCCCACUACGCAAGUCUUUUACAGUAAUAAUUGAGUAAAAUUGCGUAAUCAUGUCAUAAAUGUCUUAAUCAUCGUACAGUAGUACUUAUAGGCGGUUUCGUUAACGCUGUAAUAAUUCCAACACCAUGGAACUUUCAAAUGUCAAAGCUUGUGUUAUCAAUACUGGAAACAUACUUUCCAUUAAUGACAUCACAAGAAAAUCCGGGCAGAAUCCCACUGAAGAACUAACUGAAGCAAUCAACAUUACUGUAAAAGAAUACAAAAGCAGUAACUCAACUCCUGUACAAAACGGCAAGGUGUUGAUUAGCAGGCCUUCAGAUGACCUUAAGGCCAAGUUGAAUGAACAGUCUCUCUCUGAUCUUAAAAUAGGCUUUAAAAUAUUUAUAAACAGUGACAGUAAGGCCUUAAUUCAGGAGGCCAUUGAAGAGGGGCUAUCAACCUUGAAGGUACCCUGUGUCCAAAACGUAGUUCUGCAGUACAGAAAGGACAAGUUUAUUGAAGCUGGAGAUGACAUUAACAGCCUAAAAAAUAUCUGGAGUAUUCUUGAGGAAUACGUCAAAGAUGAAAAAAUCAACCAGAUUGGGUUGGCAGACGUGGAGGAAACCACCUUCAGAAAUGUAUUUGAAUGGGCAACAAUCAAGCCAGCCAUAAUUCAAAUUAACUUGUCCACUUGUUGUGUUGUGCCCCCGACUUUGCAACAGUUUUGUAAGGACAAUGAUGUGCAAUUGCUAACCCACAGUGACGCCAACGAAAUACUCCCAAAAAACGCAAUCAAGGACAGCUUGGGUAUAGAUUUGCCUGUGAAAUGGGUUUCAAGAUUCUUGGUCCACAUUAAAUGUCGGGGCGUUCUUUGCACCAAAGGCUAUUUGGUUGGUUUGGGUGAAAUGUAGAUUUCCGCACUUCUGUGUUUGCAUUUAUGUUAACGAUCAAAAUUUUAUAAAUGUAUUAAAAGGUGUGCAGUAUUAUUAUCGUUGUGAUAUGCACCCAGUGUAGUAUAAAGCACUAUUUUUUUAUCUAA